CCAGCAGCAGACGAGUCUCCAACUCAGUCUGCCGCCCCUCCGUAUCCUCUGGUUCAUGGAGUGUACACUUUCCAUCCAAGUGCAACAACUGCUGGGGGUCCACCCGACGCACCACUACGAGGGCUACAGCGUGGAGUUACAGAUGAAGUCUACAGAGGUGGACCAAGGGCUAUUCACAGACAGCUACUGCAAAGUGUGCAGCGCUCAGCUCAUCUCCGAGUCCCAGAGGGUGGCCCAUUAUGAGAGUCGGAAACACGCCAACAAAGUGCGGCUCUAUUACAUGCUACAUCCUGUGGAUGGAGGCUGCCCGGCCAAGAAGCUCAGAACAGACAACGGCAGCGAUGAGAGCGACGUGGACAAGAACAAGUGCUGCACGUUGUGCAACAUGUCCUUCACCUCAGCAGUGGUGGCACAGUCUCACUACCAGGGUAAAAUCCACGCUAAGAGGCUCAAACUGCUGCUGGGAGAACAGCCUGCCAUCACAACCAAAGAGGCAUCCCACAGUGAUGUAAAGAGCUCCCCAGAAACGUCUCCCAUGAUGUCACCGCGACAGCGCCGCGACUCAGAUCGAUACUGCCAGCUGUGCAACGCCUGGUUCAACAACCCCGGCAUGGCUCAGCAGCAUUACGACGGGAAGAAGCACAAGAAGAACGCCACCAGAGCCGAUCUGCUGGAGCAGCUGGGCCAGACCCUGGACAUGGGGGAAAUGAAAG